AUGGCUUACAAGAUGCCUUCCAACUUCAGUUGUGUGGAUGUAGUGAAGCAUGCGUACCACACAUGCGCAGGCCACGCAGCAGACACUGUUACUUUCAGUUUGGAAUGGUCCUAUACAAGUACUAUUGGCCGUGUACUGCAACCAGGCCUGACGAUCGACCGUUCUGUUCUUCUCUCCGUGGCAGCAUGUGUUCUUGUCGCAGCCAUAUUGUAUUCCUGUGUUCAGUUCGUCUUCGACUCAUCUUUCCGUCAUGAGUUGCACGAGACGCUAGAGAUAAUCGUCAGCCUUUUCACAGCGCACCUCUCGUUUGCAGCACUGUUGAUCAAUUCCAUUUGGUUUUUUGGUCAAGUGUUGGCUGGACUUGCGAGCAGGCUCUUCACUGGGCCCGGAUUCGAGGAUGUCGAAACAAACACAGUUCGUCUUAAAGAACACGGUCAAGACGUCUUGGUCUUAGAAAAGAUGAAGAUACGUACAAUAUUUGGAGACGAAAUAGGUCAAAGACCGAAGUUGCAGAAGUACUCGGUCAUGGCUGGGACUCCCGAAAAAAUGGUGGAAUACCUUUUAGAAACGAGAGUGGAUAAUGCAAGCAACUUUGAUGAUCAUUUUUUACAUGACUUCCUGAUCGCCUUUCCGAUUUUUAUGAGUACGGACAGGCUGUGCCGCGCGCUGCUCUCCAAUUAUGAUAGAACGGACUCUCUCAUCAUCGGGCAGGACGAGAUCAGAAAUAUCACCGCUGAGCACAAAGUGGCUAUCAAGAGAAGGGUGGUCCAAAUGACACUUCGCUGGAGUUAUUUGGCGGGAAAUCUAUUUUUGGAAGAUAAAAAUAUUUGUGAAUUUCUUGAGAAACUGAUGGUAGCUUUGGAAGCGGACCAGCUAAUUAAUGAAUUUAAUCUAGUGAGGACUUCAAUACUCAAGCUACAAGAAAGGCACGCUACAGUUAUUACCAGUGAAUUUUGUGAGUUGCUGUUGGUGGAAAAGAAGUAUUUCCGUACCAUUUGGGAGCGGAACAAGCGGUAUCUGGAGGAUAUUAUUGUCAGCCCUUCGUCUCCCUUAUUUGGAGUACAACAAAAGAAUGGAAAGCCUCCUGAGGAUAAAAAUUCCGAGGACAAACGCUAUGCUAUGAUUGCUUAUCCAUCUGAAGCCCUGAUGGAAGCAGGUCUGGUUCUUCGCUACAGAAUGCUUCUUAAUCAGUCCCCAAGACUCAUCCGUGAUAGAAAACGUGACAGUCGUACAGUGAGCAAGUGCUUCAUUGGAUCAGAGGCAGUUGAUUGGCUGACUCGAAUAAGCCCAAUGGUUCAUGGUCGUUUUCACGCCAUUGCUAUGCUGCAGGCGCUUCUUGAAGCGGCUGUCAUAACUCACGGUAAGAACUGGGUGGUCCAAAUGACACUUCGCUGGAGUUAUUUGGCGGGAAAUCUAUUUUUGGAAGAUAAAAAUAUUUGUGAAUUUCUUGAGAAACUGAUGGUAGCUUUGGAAGCGGACCAGCUAAUUAAUGAAUUUAAUCUAGUGAGGACUUCAAUACUCAAGCUACAAGAAAGAUUUCCCGAUGUCGAAAUGACUGAUGGUAAUCUGUCCGUUCAAAUGGCCCGUCGUCGCAUGGGUGUCGCUAACAUCGCAAACGAUCUAACGGAGUAUAGAUCUAUCCGAGGAACCGACCAAAAUAUUUUCCGUGUGUUCUGCGCUGAUCAUACAUACACAACUUUGGCGUUGCCGUAUAACGCCACUGUACAGACCAUUGUUAACACUGCGGAAGAACGCGUUUUGUUGGGCGAUGACUGUGUUCUGUGUGAAGUCAAAUCUUCAGGAGAGCGUUUCCCACUCAAACCGCACGAAAUUUGUGUCACGACAGGACUGAGUGUGAACGGAAGGCUGUGCAUCGCGCCAAGAGAACAUUUGGAUUCGUUGACCCCUACUCCCGACCAAGAAGGUCCCACAAGUAGUAACCUGGCAUUCCUGGAGUCAGUGAGUUCUAAAGAGCUCGCUUAUUACAUCUCGCAGUAUGAUUACGAGCUCUUUAAUGCCGUCAAUGUUCACGAAUUUGUUUACAACAUUUUUGGGAAAGAGAACUACAACCAGAUCACAGCGAACCUUGACCUGCUACUCAAGCGGUUCAAUGAGGUGCAGUUGUGGGUCGAAACACAGAUUCUACUCACUCAACAACUCAACAAAAGAGUUUAUUUGUUGAAAAAGUUCAUUAAACUGGCCGCGCACUGCAAGGAGUACAAUAAUUGGUAUUCGUUCUUUGCUGUCGUCAUGGCACUCAACAGUGUUGCAGUGGGCCGCUUGUCACAGACAUGGGAGAAAUUACCAGGAAAAUUCCGAAAAAUAUACGAGGAAUUUGAAACUACUUUGGAGCCGUCUAGAAAUCAUCGAGUUUACCGGCUUCUAGCUGGAAAAAUGAAACCUCCCAUCUUGCCAUUUAUGCCACUACUGAUGAAAGACAUGACAUUUACCGACGUAGGGAACAAAACGCAAUUUGACAAUCUAGUGAAUUUUGAGAAAAUGAGAAUGAUCUCCUCUACCGUUCGACUUAUCCAAUACUGUCGCAGCGAGCCUUUUAAGGCUGAACCUCCAUCUCAAUUAAAAAUGGCUCAGGAAAUAACCAUUUUUGUGAGAAACUUGCACGUGAUUGAUAACCAGCGAACUCUAACCCAGCUCUCUCACAGACUGGAACCAAGAAAAACAUAAAGAAACUGGUGAUGAGCAUCAGCAAUCGUCUGUCAGAUAAUCUAAACCGUUCAUCGCGAAGUGUCAAUUCCCUUUAGAUUCGUAUGGUCUUAAAUGCACUUUCUUGAUUCAUCAGUCAGUUCUUCUGUUAGUAGGUCAUGAUAUUUUGAGCGAAUUCGUUGCGUAG